GUGUAUUGUUCAAUUUUGCAUAAUGUCUAGUUUGAAUAUCCCAAUAUACCUUGUGCUUUUCUUGAUUAGCCAAAGUAUUUCCACAAUAUUAGCUCUUGAUGAGCAUUAUUGCUGCCCAAACACAACUACUUAUAACAAUAUAACAAACACCUCUUACAAUUCCAACCUCAAUUUGCUCCUUUCAAAUCUUUCUUCUGCCUCUAGAGAACAUCUUUUUUACAAUUUCUCCAUCGAUGGCACCGAUAAUUUCGAAACAAUUUACGGUCUCUUCAUGUGUCGAGGUGAUAUGUUAAAUGUAAAUUGUCAAGAUUUUGUAACAAGAGCUGGUAAAGACAUAAUCUCGUUAUGCCCCGGUAGCAAAACGGUUGUAUUAUGGCGGGAUGAUUGCAUGUUACGUUACUCGAAUCAAUCAAUAUUCCCCGAUCCAAACUAUGGAUCCAUAAUUAACAAUCCAUCGACACCUUUUGUCUUAUAUAACACUAUUACAAUUACCAAUAAUGAACAAAGAAGGUUCAAACAGAUUUUAGGGAAAAUCAUGAAUGACGUAACGACUCGGGUUGCUAGUGAUGAUCGAUCGAUAGACAGGAAAAUUGCAAUUAGGGAAGCUAAGUUCAGUGUUGACACAACAAUUUAUGCCUUAGCUCAAUGCAUUCCUCAUAUGUCUUCUAAAGAUUGCCUAAAUUGCCUUGAAAAUGCCAUCAAAGUUUUAAACAAGUGUUGUGAUGUAUAUAGAGGUGCUAGAGUUCAAUUUCCUAGUUGUUUUAUGAGGCAUGAAGUGUACCGCUUCUACAAUAACAAGGCACCUGCUUUGUCACAUAAUCAAGGGCACGACGGAAUCCCAAAAAAAGAACUACUAAUUAUUUGUGUAGUGGUUGCCAUUGUAAUUUUUUUGUUUCUACUAUCAAUUGGAGUCUUUCAUUUGCUACAAAGGAGAAGAAGGAUGAAAAGAAAUAAUAAAACUCUUAAGGAGAUGAAUGUUGAUCUUAGUGGAAUUUUAACAGCUGAAUCAUUGCAAUAUGACUUUAGUACAAUUGAAUUUGCCACUAACUACUUUUCUAAGGAAAACAAAAUUGGUGUAGGUGGAUUUGGUGAUGUGUAUAAGGGGGAACUUGAUAAUGGACAAGAGAUAGCUGUAAAGAGGCUAUCAAGAAGGUCAAGUCAAGGAGUUGAAGAAUUUAAGAAUGAAGUUGUACUUGUUGCUAAGCUUCAACAUAGAAAUUUAGUGAGACUCUUAGGUUUUUGCUUGGAAGGAGAAGAAAAAAUACUCAUCUACGAGUUCGUGUCCAACAAAAGCCUGGACUAUUUCUUAUUUGAUACAAAGAAACAAGCAACGUUGGAUUGGUCAAUACGUGACAAGAUUAUUAGAGGAAUAGUACGAGGAUUAAUUUAUCUUCAUGAAGAUUCUCGUCCUCGAAUCAUACAUCGUGAUCUCAAAGCAAGCAAUAUUUUGUUAGACAAAGAUAUGAACCCUAAAAUUUCAGAUUUUGGCAUGGCUAGAAUAUUUGGAGUUGACCAAAUUGAAGGAAGCACUAACAUAAUUGUUGGAACAUAG